CAACUGAAUUUGCCUAGGUCCAUCAAAAUUGAUCUUGUACUUGAGAAAUCAACGACCACCUACGACACAAAAUAGAACCCGGAACUUUCCCAGUAGGAGCGGAAAGACACGAUGGGUCGCGUGAUUCGUAACCAGAGGAAGGGUGCCGGUGGCAUCUUCAAAGCCGUCACCCGCCUGAACAAGAACCCCGCCAAAUUCCGAAACCUCGACUAUGCCGAGCGCCACGGUUAUGUCCGCGGUAUUGUGAAGGAGAUCAUCCACGACCCGGGCCGUGGUGCUCCCCUCGCCCGCGUUGUCUUCCGUGACCCCUACAAGUUCAAGAAGCACACCGAGACCUUCAUCGCCAACGAGGGCAUGUACACCGGCCAGUUCGUCUACGCUGGCAAGAACGCCGCCCUGACCGUCGGCAACGUCCUCCCCCUUGCUUCGAUCCCCGAGGGUACCAUCAUCUCAAACGUCGAGGAGCACCCCGGUGACCGUGGUGCGCUCGGCCGCACCUCCGGCAACUACGUUACCGUUAUCGGUCACAACCCCGACGACGGCAAGACCCGUAUCAAGCUUCCCUCCGGUGCCAAGAAGGUCGUCAGCAGCAAGGCCCGUGGCAUGAUCGGUCUGGUUGCCGGUGGUGGUCGUACUGACAAGCCUCUGUUGAAGGCUUCGCGCGCAAAGCACAAGUUCGCUGUCAAGCGCAACUCGUGGCCCAAGACUCGUGGUGUUGCCAUGAACCCCGUCGACCAUCCCCACGGUGGUGGUAACCACCAACAUAUCGGUAAGGCCUCAACCAUCUCGAGGUACGCUGCCCAGGGUCAAAAGGCGGGUCUUAUCGCCGCCAGGAGGACGGGUCUGUUGCGCGGUACCCAGAAGACAAAGGAGUAAGGGUUUUGGCGCUAGAUUUGUGGGUUGGGACUGCAUGGAUCAUUGCUUUGUUUUCAAGGGUACUCUUUGCGUUGGGAGAGCCGCAAUUAGCGAGCUCUGGCCGGUUUUAUUUUUCACGGUAUCCAAGGAUUUAAAAAGGAUUCCCUACAGCAGCAAAAGGAGCACUCGGUUUAUGAAGAAAUGGAGCAUUCUUUCGGGUUUUACGCAACAACGGAUGAACGAUUAUGCCCGAAGUGCAG